UCAGACGCUUGGGCACCGCAGCCAUGGCUGCACUCAAGCGAGGAGGAGGAGGAGGAGGAGCUAGGCAAUGAAGAAAACGAACUGCAGACAGACGGGGGGGCCCCAAACCCAUGCUGUACCAGACAGACAAUUGAGUAAGCAGAAUCCCGCACAACCUUCCGCCGCUUGGAUGUUGCUGUUUUAAUGUAGUCGUUUGCCACCAGAUCGUUUUACUCGAGUGGCGGUGUCGGACCUGUGCUUUCGGUUUGCAUGAUGCUAGCUGUGAGACACUGGUUGCGGAGGGGCGGAGGAGUUUGAUGAGCUGUGUGUUAAGACUAUCUGUGGAGAUGCGUUUAGGAGCAGAUUUCUGCUGGUUUUCAGGGCUAGUUUGCGGGCUACUUUUCGGAGUCGGUGUGAAGGAGCCACGGACAUGGUGAGUGAGUGAGCUGGAGGGAGUGUACUUGAGGUUGAGGGUGCGUUGCCACCCACCGCGCCACCAGCUGCGAAGCACCGUGUACUGGAGAGUGUCCCUUCUAGAAAGUAGUCCUGAGGCGGGGAUGGGAUCGAAUCGGCUUCGCACUUGACAAGUUUUGUGUUCUAGAAUUCGACCCAUGGUUACACAGAAUGUGAUGCAUGGGCAGCGGGCGCUUGGUUUUUGUGUGAAUCAGAAGACGUAAUACUCGCCUAUCCACGCAGUCGCGUCGGGGCGAUCUUGAACAUCGGCGCCGCCGCAUGCGAGAUAUAAAAUUGCAUCUUGGAAUGCACCUGUUGGCGAUUGUAAUUGAGCUAAUAUGCUUCUGAAAUUUUAGAGGCGCGCUCAACGUGGGGUUAAACUGCGCUUCUUCCUGUUUCUCAAUCGAUCAAUUUUUGCGAGUUCCAAAGCGAGUCUAAGGAAUUGCCGACGGGGCUGACGCUUGUUAGGCAACGACAGAAUGCGAAGAUCAGUUUCAGUAACCAUCGACCGGUCCCAGAAUACUUGUACUCAAGAUGAAGAAAAGAGGCUCUGACAAGCUCCCGAGACCAUAAACGUCCAGCCAUCUAAUCUGGGGUAAGCUCAGAUCACACAGGAUCAUUAAACGAGAGUAUGUAAUUAUGCUCGGUUCGUUGCAAAUUCUUGCUACAAUGACGCCAACAAGGGUGAUGAUAAUCGCCGUGUUGUUCAUGUUUGGCCUUGCAUCAUUCUGUCCCCAUGCCUCCGCCCAGUCAAGCAAGACAGACUUGGAAGCGCUGCUUAAUUUUAAAGCAAGCAUCACCAACUUCUCCCCGGAGAUGCUCCCCGACUGGAACCCCUCGGCGUCCUCUCCUUGCUCGUGGGUAGGAAUCACUUGCAACAGUCUCGGUCAAGUCACGAACGUUUCCUUGUAUGAAAUCGGAUUCACAGGUACCAUCUCCCCCGCUCUCGCGUCGCUCAAAAGCCUCGAGUAUCUCGACUUGAGCUUGAACUCCUUCUCCGGGGCUAUUCCUGGGGAGCUUGCCAACCUGAAGAACUUGCGAGUUCUCGAUCUCAACUCGAACAAUCUUCUCUCGGGGACGAUUCCUGAGAGUUUCUGGACAGGUCUGUUCAAGCUGGAGUAUAUGGAUUUGAGCUACAACAUGAUCUCGGGAAACAUCCCCAUGGAGAUAGAGAAUUUGAAGAUGUUGAGCACGCUCAUCCUUGCCGGGAAUUCCUUCACAGGGGUGAUCCCGCAGCAGCUCACCGGGCUGAUAAACCUCGUGCGAUUAGAUUUGAGCAUGAAUUCCUUCGAAGGCGUACUUCCGCCACAGUUGUCUCGAUUGUCGAACCUGGAGUACAUCUCCGUGAGCUCGAACAACUUGACUGGCGCGCUUCCAGCCUGGAACGAUGCGAUGUCGAAGCUUCAGUAUGUCGAUUUUAGCAGUAAUUUGUUCUCCGGACCUAUUUCGCCGUUGGUAGCCAUGUUGCCGUCGGUGGUGCAUUUGGAUUUGAGUAACAACACGUUUACGGGAACUGUGCCUUCUGAGAUCUGGACCAUGGCAGGAUUGGUGGAACUAGACCUCGGGGGGAAUCAGGCCUUAAUGGGAAGCAUUCCUCCCGAAAUCGGCAAUUUGGUCAAUCUGCAGAGCUUGUACAUGGGCAACUGCCAUUUCAGCGGGCUCAUUCCGGCGGAGCUUUCGAAAUGCAUUGCCCUGAAGAAGUUGGACCUGGGCGGAAAUGACUUUUCGGGAACUAUCCCAGAAUCCUUCGGCCAGCUGAAAAACCUCGUCACCUUGAACUUGCCCGACGUCGGGAUCAAUGGCUCCAUUCCGGCGUCCCUGGCCAACUGCACCAAGCUCGAGGUUCUCGAUGUAGCCUUCAACGAGCUCAGUGGGCCGCUUCCGGACUCGCUCGCUGCUCUUCCAGGUAUCAUCUCGUUCUCCGUGGAGGGUAACAAGUUGACAGGACCGAUUCCGUCAUGGCUCUGCAACUGGCGAAAUGCUUCUGCACUGCUCCUCUCCAACAACCUCUUUACGGGGUCAAUCCCUCCAGAGCUCGGCGCCUGUCCCAGUGUCCAUCACAUCGCUAUUGACAACAAUCUCCUCACGGGCACUAUUCCUGCGGAGCUAUGCAACGCGCCCAACCUCGACAAAAUCACGCUAAACGACAACCAGUUGUCUGGAAGUUUGGACAAAACUUUCGUCAAGUGCUUGCAGUUGUCCGAAAUCGAGCUCACAGCCAAUAAACUGUCCGGCGAAGUGCCACCGUACCUCGCAACGCUGCCGAAGCUCAUGAUUCUGUCACUGGGGGAGAACAACCUGUCCGGCACCAUCCCCGAGGAGUUGUGGGGUUCGAAGUCGCUGAUUCAGAUUCUUCUCUCCGACAACCAGCUCGGCGGGAGUCUUUCUCCUUCAGUUGGAAAGAUGAUUGCCCUGAAAUAUCUCGUCCUGGACAACAAUAACUUCGUAGGCAACAUCCCGGCAGAGAUCGGUCAACUGGCGGAUCUCACUGUGUUCUCGAUGCAGGGCAACAAUCUGUCAGGGCCCAUACCUCCAGAGCUUUGCAACUGCGUCCGCCUCACGACUCUUAACCUGGGCAACAAUACUCUCUCGGGAAGCAUUCCUUCCCAGAUUGGGAAACUUGUAAACCUCGACUACUUGGUUCUCUCCCACAAUCAGCUCACUGGACCAAUUCCCGCUGAGAUUGCGGCCGAUUUUCGCAUCCCUACCUUGCCCGAGUCCAGCUUUGUGCAGCAUCAUGGCGUUUUGGACCUCUCGAACAACCGCUUGAAUGGGAGCAUCCCGACCACCAUCGGAGAGUGUGUGGUGUUGGUGGAGCUCAAGCUCUCUGGGAACCAAUUAACCGGGCUCAUACCCUCUGAGUUGUCGAAGCUAACAAACUUAACAACACUGGAUUUCUCCAGGAAUAGGCUCAGUGGAGACAUUCCUACCGCGCUCGGGGAGCUUCGAAAGCUUCAGGGAAUCAACCUAGCAUUCAACGAGUUGACAGGGGAGAUUCCAGCGGCUCUCGGGGACAUCGUCAGCUUGGUGAAGCUGAACAUGACGAACAACCACCUCACAGGCGCGAUUCCCGAGACGCUUGGGAAUUUGACAGGGUUGUCCUUUCUUGAUUUGAGUUUGAAUCAGUUGGGUGGAGUGAUCCCUGUCGCACUUUCGAACCUUGUUUCUGUUGUAGGGCUCAAUUUGCAGCAGAAUUUCUUCUCAGGAACUAUUCAUGGUCUCUUGUCGGAAAGCUCCGUGUGGCAUCAAAUGCAAACACUCAACUUGAGCUACAAUCAACUCAGCGGCGACAUUCCGGCAACGAUCGGCAACCUUUCCGGGUUAUCGUUCCUUGAUCUGCGAGGAAAUCGUUUCACGGGAGAAAUACCGGAUGAGAUUGGCAGCCUUGCGCAGCUAGAUUACUUGGACCUCUCUCACAAUCACCUCACAGGACCAUUUCCAGCAAACUUGUGCGACCUCCUCGGUUUGGAAUUUCUGAAUUUCUCGUAUAACGCCUUGGCUGGUGAAGUACCCAACCGCGGCAAGUGUGUUGCACUCACAGCAGAUCAAUUUCUGGGCAACAAGGCGCUGUGUGGCGAUGUCGUGAACUUUGUUUGCCGAAAGCAGAGCACUUCGAGUAUGGGCAUAAGCACGGGAGCCAUUCUGGGGAUCUCCUUGGGAAGCUUAAUAGCGAUUUUGAUUGUGGUGUUUGGCGCACUCCGCUUGCGCCAGCUGAAGCAAGAAGUAGAAGCCAAAGACCUGGAGAAGGCGAAGCUUAAUAUGAACAUGGCCUUGGAUCCUUGCAGCUUGAGUUUGGACAAGAUGAAGGAGCCUCUGAGCAUCAAUGUAGCCAUGUUCGAGCAACCCCUGCUUCGUCUCACUCUCGCCGACGUGCUCCGCGCCACAAACGGCUUCAGCAAGACGAACAUCAUUGGCGACGGCGGAUUCGGGACGGUUUACAAGGCCCAUCUCUCGGACGGGCGAAUUGUCGCCAUCAAGAAGCUAGGUCACGGCCUCUCGCAAGGGAAUCGAGAAUUCCUUGCAGAGAUGGAGACGCUUGGUAAGGUGAAGCACAGACAUCUGGUGCCGUUACUCGGCUACUGCUCCUUCGGCGAGGAGAAGCUACUGGUUUACGAUUACAUGAUAAACGGCAGCCUUGACCUAUGGCUCCGCAACCGAGCAGACGCGCUUGAAGUCCUGGACUGGCCAAAGCGGUUCCGCAUCGCUCUAGGAUCCGCCCGUGGCCUUUGCUUUCUCCACCAUGGAUUUAUUCCGCACAUCAUCCACCGCGACAUCAAGGCAAGCAACAUCCUCCUCGACGCAAAUUUCGAGCCUAGAGUUGCGGAUUUCGGGUUGGCGAGGCUGAUAAGCGCUUACGACUCCCAUGUAAGCACCGAUAUUGCGGGGACGUUUGGGUACAUUCCUCCAGAGUAUGGCCAGAGCUGGCGAUCCACCACGCGUGGCGAUGUUUACAGCUAUGGCGUGAUUCUUCUGGAGCUCCUUACGGGGAAGGAACCGACGCGGGAUGACUUCAAAGACAUCGAAGGGGGGAACCUCGUCGGCUGGGUUAGGCAGGUCAUAAAGAAGGGGGAGGCUCCCGAAGCGCUAGAUCCCGAAGUCUCGAAAGGGCCAUGCAAGCUUAUGAUGCUCAAGGUGCUGCACAUCGCAAACCUGUGCACCGCGGAGGAUCCCAUUAGGCGCCCCACCAUGCUCCAGGUUGUGAAGUUUCUCAAGGAUAUUGAAGACCAGGAUCGCGCAUAGCCUUCCAACGCUAGAUCCAUCAUGUGCAGAAUUUGUUUGCUACAGAGCUUUUAGAUUCAAAGUCCUAUCGCUGGAAUUGAUCUACCCCCCCCCCCGCGUGCUUCAUUUUCAAGUUCCCACGAUUCUUUCACGCCCGGGGUGUGCCAUUGCGGCUCCACCGACACUCCCCCAUAUACAAAUUAGGUGCUGCACUUCGAUUGUUUUUGUCAAAGAUAACAUAGUUAGUAAACAGAUUUGUAUCAUUGUUUAGACCCGCUGUACAUGUUAGAGCAUUUGAUAGCGCCACGAGAAGGAAAUGAACUUUUAGCUCCGAGUGGCAUUCUCGAGACAUUGGGCGCCAUGCAACAUUCCUGCACUGCAAUCUAUAAAUUGAGUUCAUUGAGUCAAUGAUCAUUUAUACCUUAGAAGGGUGAUCGGUCCCAGAGCAGUGUACCCGUUCGAGGACUCAUUCGUGUAGCAGCUUGCUGUCACCAUUGAGCUAAAUAAAAGCGGAUUCCACCGGCAAAAUUGAAUAA